AUGACUAACCCUUGCAGAGACUUCACCAGUGGCUCCCUCUCCUCCUGGGAGGUGUCAGGGCAGAUGAGCAGAGGAAAGGCAGCCGGCAUGUCCCCGGAUCGCCUGGGCCGCUGCAGUCCCAGCGGGGUGGCCAGCAAUGGCUUCAGCUCUCUCAGCCUCCAUGGAGAUGCUGGAUACCUGUGCUCCUCCUACCCCUCCUUCUCCAUCGAUGGGAGACUCCUGGCCCCUCUGCACCUCGAUAUUGAUCCUGACUUCCAAGCCAUUCGACAGCAGGAGAAGGAGGACAUCAAGUUGCUCAACAACCAGUUCGUGACCCUAAUUGAGAAGGUCCAGUGCUUGGAGCAGCAGAACAAGAUCCUGACAACAAGAUGGAACUUCCUGAAGGAUCAAGACAAUUCCCACUCGGAGUCAGACAUCAAGGCCAUCUAUGAUCAGUACAUGAGCAAAAUGAAUCAAGAGAUGAAGGUGCUCAACUAUGAGCAGGAAAACCUCGAGUCGGAGCUGACAAAGGUCCUGAGCACCAUGGAUAACUUCCGAAGCAAAUACGAGGAUGAAAUUCGCCUCUGCAGUGGCAUGGAAUACACCUUCAUGGAGCUCAAAAAGGAUUUAGAUGUGAGCUCCUUGCACAGAACUGAGCUGGAGGUGAAGCUCAAUGGGCUCCAAGAGCUGAUGGAUUUGAAAAAAACCGUCUACGAGCAGGAACUCGAGGAGCUGCUGACAGAAAUUAAGGACAUUUCUGUUGUACUGGGAAUUGACAAUGCAUGCAAACUGGAUCUGAGCAGAAUUGUGGAAGAAGUGAGGGCCCAGUAUGAAGCCCUGGCUCGUCGGAGCUGGGAGGAGGCUGAAGCACUUACCAGGAGAAAGCUGAAUGAAGGGAGUACCCAGUCAGGCACCUACGGGGGUCACCUCCUUGACAGCCGCCGGGAGAUCGCAGACCUGAACAUACAGAUCCAGAAGCUGAGGUCCUGCAUCGUGUCCCAAAAGAGCCAGUGCCUGCACUUAGAGGAGCACAUCAAAGAAGCAGGAGAGCAUGGUGAGAUGGCCCUCAAGGAUGCCAAAGCCAAACUGGCCAAGCUAGAAGAAGCCCUACAGAAGAGCAAAGAGGAUAUGGCUCACCUGGUGAAAGAGUAUCAGGAGCUGAUGAAUGUCAAGCUGGCACUGGAUGUGGAGAUCCUCACUUACAGGAAGCUGAUGGAAGGGGAGGAGAGCAGCAUGGAGCAGACAAUUCCCACCCUCAUCAGCACCAUCCACUCCAGGCCAAAGGACCUUUCUGCCAGCACCCUGAAGAACUCCAAGCUCUUUGCAAGAGGAACAGGCAGCACCAGUGGGGAGAUGAGGCCAAAUGGAGGCAGCACAAAGGAGCUGCCCCCCAGAAGCUGCAGCAACAACGCAGCGAGGCCUGGAGCAGGUGCCUCCCCUGGUGCUGCCCACCCAGUGCUCAGCUCCCUGCCCGCCCAGGAGUGCUCCUAGGAGAAACAGACCCUGCAGCAUAAGCACAAGACCUGUUGGCAUCUGUAGCCAAAUGAGGCCAAUGCACUUUCUCCUGAACUCAAGCCAGCGUCCGAGGGACGAAGGAUGAGAAUCCAUUCCAGGCUGUCUCUUCCAAGUCUGUCUUUGCAACAUCCCAGUUAACAUCUCUCUUACCAGUUACAAGCAGAGUCCAGCCCAGGACUUUAAGGACUCUCCCAGUCACAUACCCAGUCCUUCCUCUCUAGGCCUGUCUCCCCAGAGGAUCUGCAUUCCCAGCCUUUGAGAUCUCCCUAUAGGAAACUCGACAGGAGGGGCAAGUAUUAUCCCAGAAGCUUGUAGCCCAGCAGCCAGAAGCCUCCAGCCAUUUUUCCAGUAUUACCAAUCACUCCCUCUGCUCUG